UUCGCGUGCUCGUAACUUUAGCUCUUAGCUGCUAAGUUCCAACUUGAGAAGACGGCAACGCCAUGACAUCAUCCCAGCUCGUGUGUUCACACACACACACACACACACACACACACACACACACACACACACACACACACACACACACACACACACACACACACACACACACACAGACCUCCGCCCCUCCAGCCAUGCCACCAAGCCACGGGCAACACUUCGGAUUUUACCUUGAAAACCCUUAAAGAAGGACAGAAAACCGGCCUCACCUCAGACACCUAAACUAACAGCGCAGGCGGUGUGUGUGUGUAAAAGCGAGCCGUUAUCUGGCGUGUAUAUGGGAGAGAACUGGAGACAAACCAGGAGCUGAGGAGGAGGUCUGAAUUGUCCAGCUGCACUCAAAUAGAGGAGCCAUGAGUGAAGGAGAAGGACAUUUUUACAGCGUGCAGGUGGGGGACUCCACCUUCACGGUGCUGCGGCGCUACCAGCAGCUCCGUGCUAUCGGCUCCGGGGCGCAGGGCAUCGUCUGCUCUGCUCUUGACACGGUCCUGGGCAUCCCUGUAGCGGUGAAAAAGCUCAGCCGGCCUUUUCAGAACCAGACCCACGCCAAGCGAGCCUACAGAGAACUGGUGCUGCUAAAAUGCGUCAAUCACAAGAACAUCAUUCGUUUACUCAGCGUCUUCACACCUCAGAAGUCUCUGGAGGAGUUUCAGGAUUUGUACCUGGUGAUGGAGCUGAUGGACGCCAGUCUGUGUCAGGUGAUCCACAUGGACUUGGACCACGAGAGGAUGUCCUACUUGCUCUAUCAGAUCCUGUGUGGCAUCAGACAUCUGCAUUCUGCUGGUAUCAUCCACAGGGACCUGAAGCCGAGCAACAUAGUGGUGAAAUCAGACUGCACUUUAAAAAUCCUAGACUUCGGCCUGGCCAGGACCGCCUGCACUAACUUCAUGAUGACUCCAUACGUGGUGACCAGAUACUACAGAGCGCCGGAGGUCAUCUUAGGCAUGAAGUACAAGGAGAACGUGGAUAUUUGGUCAGUGGGCUGCAUCAUGGGAGAGAUGGUGAAAGGCAGCGUCAUAUUCCAAGGCACUGAUCACAUUGACCAGUGGAAUAAGGUUAUCGAGGUGCUGGGAACUCCUUCUCUAGAGUUCAUGAACCGUCUGAUGGAGACAGUGAGGAACUACGUGAUGAACAAGCCACAUUUCCCUGGAGUUAGCUUCAGUGAGCUUUUCCCAGACUGGGCUUUUCCGUCAGACACCGAGCACGACAAGCUGAAGACUAGUCAAGCUCGGGACCUGUUAUCAAAGAUGUUGGUGAUCGAUCCGGAGUCUCGCAUCUCUGUCCAGGAAGCCUUGAAUCAUCCCUACAUCCACGUGUGGUACGACCCAGCUGAGGCUGAUGCGCCCCCACCUCAAAUCUCAGACAAACAGUUGGAGGAGAGGGAACACAGCAUAGAGCAGUGGAAAGAGUUGAUCUAUAAAGAGGUGAUGGACUGGGAAGAGAGGAACAAAAACGGUGUCCUAAAGGAGGAGUGCUCGGAUGGUGCGCUGAACAGCAGUGCUACAACCUCUCAGUCUUCGUCUUUUAACGACAUCUCGUCCAUGUCCACCGAGCAGACGCUGGCCUCGGAUACAGAUAGUUCCUGCAUCGACACCAUCGCUGGGGGAUUAGAGGAGUGACUGUGAGCCACUGCACUCCAUAGCUUGCUCUCCCAAUCCCUCACUCCCUCUCACUCUCUCCCAAUCCCUCUCUCCCUCUCUCUCUCUCUCCCUCUCUCUCACUCUCUCUCACUCUCUCCCAAUCCCUCUCUCCCUCUCUCUCUCUCUCCCACUCCCUC